AUGGCAAUUUUCUUCGGUGCAGAUAGAAGAUGGACGGGUGGUGCUCGUCAUGCACCACUAGCAAACUUGCUUGUGUUGAUUUUUACAAUUGCUGUAUUUGUCAUUUCUGCCAUUUUGGCGACGCAGCUGAGGAGGGCUUCGGAGGGACAAGUUGAUAUGGGGAAGGCAUGGGAAAGUGUGACGAAUACAUCUUCUAAAGGACUUAUCGAUGAGAAUAUCCCUGGAAAAGUUGAAAUCAUAUUCUUCGAAGCCACCACCCCAUUGAUCUCCAUCCUCUACGGCAUCACAAUGUUCUUCCUCCACUGGUUCUCAAAAGUCGGACCCAUCACCUCUCUCUGCACAUCGGUCAUCUUCCUCACAGCCUGGAUCGUCCAACUCAGCAUCUGGACCUCCUGCGACUUCUCCGAGAUUAGCAACAGUCACCCACUUGGCUUCUGCUACAAAUGGCCCGCCAUCUCAGCCGAUGGAACUUCACCCCUCCAGUACACGCGAUUUUCAUUUGCCAUGUUUUGCAUCUUUGGACAUGCGGCGUUGGUAGCCUUAUCGGCUGUUGCGGCGCGAAGGACACAGAGAGAUGGGUAUACGGAUCAUGGUGCCGGGAGGAAGAGAGGCUUGAGUAAUGAUUCUAGCUUUCGAACUAGUUUGAGUUUUGAUGGGGAGAUGAGGGAUGAGCAAUGA